AUGGCCAAGAUCCUGGAGAUUGCAACACUGCAGACUAUCAGCCCAUUUACAGAGACGGAAUUCUUUUUCCGUUGCUCGUUUUCAAUGGGAUGGGCCCAAUUUGGGUGGAUCCAAGAGCUGAUUUACUCGCCUGCCACCAUGACAGCGUUCAACUGGGCUUAUGUCCGUCAGCGUCCUGCAAAGUUUUGUUGUAUCUUUGCCGUGUACAUACUUCACGCCGGGAUUCUCAUCCUCGGCCGACUAUCAACGCGGCCCUUGUCCCAUCCCACGAACCUUGUCACUGCGCUCAAGUCUCUCCUCCUCAAGAUAUUCUUCCUGAAGCAUUACCAGUUCAUCUAUUCCACACCACCACCAGCCUUUGCAUCUGCUAGACGAUUUGACGGCAAAGGUUGGCACGCGUAUGAAGUCGAUGUCAACCCGAACAGAGCGUUGAAACAAUACGAUGCAGUAGUGCUCUAUCUCCAUGGUGGAGGUUAUGCCAUUGGAGAACCAAUGCAAUAUUACGUGACCUUUCAACGAUGGCGAAGAAAAGCAGCAGAGAUGGGAUAUCAUCUGGCAAUUGUCUCCUUGCGGUACCCAUUGUCUGUCGAACGACCAUACCCAGCCCAGCGAGAUGCAGCGGUUGCUGCUUACGAGCAUCUUAGAGAGGUAGAGAAAGUACCUCCAAGCAGGGUCGUCUUGGCCGGUGACUCUGCUGGUGGAAACCUCGUUGCCGCCCUUUUGGUCUAUUUGCGGGACCAUGGCGAAGUUCCGCGGCCUGGCGCGUCCAUUUUGAUUUCUGCUUGGCUUGAUCCCUCGCUCUCAAAAACCGCAAGCUCUGCCUAUGCAGAUGUCGAUUUUGUCUAUGGUGACGGCACAUGCAAUGGUACCAAACAGAUGGCUCAAGUACUUGCCGGCGACGGGCGCGAUCCAGCAGAUCCUGACAUAUCCCUUGCCCUGAACACUAAUCUGAAGGGGAUUCCCGGGCACCUUUGUUCCUACGGUAGUGCAGAAGUGUACCAGGAAGACUCAAAAAUGUGGAUUGCGCAAUGUAGAGCAGACGAAGUUGAUGUCACGAGCUACUGUGGUGAAGGUGCUGUGCAUACGUUUGUACUUGGCGGUUUGGCUGCAGACGCCAAACUCGAGGGCGAGGCGGAUGAUAUUGUCUUGGAAUAUAUAAGAAAGCGUCUUGGUAUCCGAACCGAUUGA